AUGGGCGCCUAUCUCUAUGGGCGCCUAUCUCUAUGGGCGCCUAUCUCUAUGGGCGCCUAUCUCUAUGGGCGCCUAUCUCUAUGGGCGCCUAUCUCUAUGGGCGCUUAUCUCUAUGGGCGCCUAUCUCUAUGGGCGCCUAUCUCUAGGGGCGCCUAUCUCUAUGGGCGCCUAUCUCUAGGGGCGCCUAUCUCUAGGGGCGCCUAUCUCUAUGGGCGCCUAUCUCUAUGGGCGCCUAUCUCUAUGGGCGCCUAUCUCUAUGGGCGCCUAUCUCUAUGGGCGCCUAUCUCUAUGGGCGCCUAUCUCUAUGGGCGCCUAUCUCUAUGGGCGCCUAUCUCUAUGGGCGCCUAUCUCUAUGGGCGCCUUUCUCUAUGGGCGCCUAUCUCUAUGGGCGCCUAUCUUUAUGGGCGCCUAUCUCUAUGGGCGCCUAUCUCUAUGGGCGCCUAUCUCUAUGGGCGCCUAUCUCUAUGGGCGCCUAUCUCUAUGGGCGCCUAUCUCUAUGGGCGCCUAUCUCUAUGGGCGCCUAUCUCUAUGGGCGCCUAUCUCUAG